AUGCAGAAGUCCAUCGGAGUUCUGUGCGUUUUCCUGCUGCUCUGCGCAGCGCUUUCCGAGACCAUCGGGCUCGUCAUCGCGGCCAAAGAGAAAAGAGGCUGGACCCUGAACAGUGCUGGAUACCUCCUGGGUCCUCGUCGUAUUGAGCACCUAAUACAGAUUAAGGAUACUCCCAGUGCAAGGGGGAGAGAAGAGCUGCUUGGAGAAUAUGCCAUUGACAGUCACAGAACCCUCAGUGACAAGCAAGGCUUCGGAGGCAAACGGGACCUCCCCAUGGAGGAAGACUUCAAAUCAGGUCCUCUGAGAAUAGCGGAUGAAAACGUGAUACACACCAUCAUCGACUUCUUGUCAUACCUGAAGCUUAAAGAAAUGGGUGCUUUGGACAAUCUGUCCUCGUCGCUCACAUCAGAUGAGACCGCUCAACCCUAGCCUGAUAUGAAUGUGUACAUAGCUACUCCGAACCCUGGACA